AUGUGCAGCUUAGAGAAACGCGGCAACAUUUUCUUCCUGACCCUCACCGGAGAAGGCGAGAAUCGUCUGAAUCCGAAUCUGAUAGCCUCUAUCCGAUCCUCUCUCGCCGUCGUCCGUCAGCAAUCAACCCCUGGCACAGUCCUGGUCACCUCCGGCCAAGGCAAAUACUUCUGCUACGGAUUCGACCUCGCCUGGGCCCAAGCUAAUUCUGAUGAAAAACAUUCCACUGCAGAUCGUCUUUACCAAAUGGUUGAUCUCUUCAAGCCUCUAGUGUCAGAUCUCAUAUCUCUCCCAAUCCCGACUAUUGCUGCGGUAACAGGCCACGCUGUGGCGGCAGGCAUGGCUCUUGCGAUCAGUCACGAUUACAUUGUGAUGAGGAGUGAUCGGGCCGUAUUCUAUAUGAGCGAGCUUGAAGUCGGAUUGUCGAUACCGGACUAUUUCACGGAGCUGUUCCGGUCGAAGAUUGGAUCGCCGGGGAAGAGGAGGGACGUGUUGCUGAAGGCGGCGAAGGUGAAGGCGGAAGAAGCGGCGGCGAUGGGUUUGAUAGAGUCGGCGCAUGAUAGUGUGGAGGAGACGAUGGAGGCUGCGGUGCGCAUGGGGGAAGAGUUGGCGAAGAGAGGAUGGAAGGGAGAGGUGUAUUCGGAGAUACGGAAGGGUCUAUAUCCCGAGCUAUGUGGCCUCUUCGGAUUGGCCACUAAGAAAGUCAUUGCCUUGCCGCGGCUCUGA